CAUUCGGCUAAUUAAAGAAAAUGGGCAAGUUAAAAGCUGAGCCCAAAAAAGACUAGCUUUCAAGUGGGAAUUGUGGAGAAGAGGAGUUUCAUUUUAUCUGAGUUUCUGUGCCGCCUUAAUAAACCAGGACAAUGCCAAUGACGGAACAACAAGCAGAUGCGAGGUCUUACCUCAGCGAGGAAAUGAUCGCUGAGUUUAAGGCCGCAUUCGACAUGUUUGAUAUUGAUGGUGGUGGUGACAUUAGCACCAAGGAGUUGGGACAAGUCAUGAAAAUCCUGGGGCAAACUCCGACCAGAGAAGAAUUAGAUGCCAUUAUUGAGGAAGUGGAUGAAGAUGGAAGCGGUACCAUCGACUUUGAAGAGUUCUUGGUGAUGAUGGUGCGCCAAAUGAAAGAGGAGGCAAAAGGCAAAUCUGAAGAAGAGUUGGCAGAAUUCUUUCGCAUAUUUGAUCAGAAUGCUGAUGGUUUCAUCGAGCGGGAUGAGCUUAAAGCUAUAUUAAUGAGUGGUGGAGAACAUGUUACAGAAGAUGAAAUUGAUGAGCUCAUGAAGGAGGGAGACAAAAACAACGAUGGAAAACUAGACUUUGACGAAUGGUUGAAGAUGAUGGAAAAUGUCCAGUAAAUGACCAACAUUCCUCAACAACUGUCGGCAUCUCAUUUCUUUAAGGAACCUUUUAAAAUGUCACCUUUUAUCUCAAAAUGAAAAUCUAUUACUUCUUUUGGUUUUUGGCUUGGCCUUGCCUCAAGAUCACAAACAUUAAUCAUUUAAAUAAAUUGCAACGAAUAGUUCAUUAUGCUGCACCUCAUACCACAUUUUUCAUGCCCUACUGCAGCUAAUUGAUUAGACAUCAGAAAGGAACGUGAUCACUGCAUUGAAUGCAAAGUCUAUUCGACAUGACUAAUGCUAUACAUCAAGAUUGCUAGUAUAGUUAUUGCAAUUCGACCAUACAUGGGAAGGAACAAAAUUCUAUGUAUGAAACUCUUAAUGAUUUUGCCAGCAACCUAGAACAAAGUACCAUAUAUUCCAAGUUGUUUCCUAAUAAAGCUAAUGUCAAUUUUUGGAGUCA